AUGAAAGUUCUGUUCUAUGCCAGUUUGUCCCUGUUUGGGCUCGCAAUCGUGAGCGUCCAUGGGGAGAAGAACAACAUCCUGAACUCCAACAAAAGUGAUGGCAAAAAUGAUGGAAAAAAAAAAGCCAACAGCCAAAACACAGGCGCAAAUACGAACAUGCAGGAUAUACUCAGCUUUGGGGAUAUCGAAAAAAUCAAAGAACUCAUAAACCAGAACAAGCUAGAGGAAGCCAACGAGCUAUUUAACAAAAUAAAGAAUGUUUACAAUAAUAAUGUAAAAGAUGACGAAAGUGAACACCCCAUGGACAGUAACAACUAUGCACCAAGUGAAGACGAAAAUAAAUUAGCACAAGAUUUUAUGAAUAGCAAUCAUGACUUCUUCAGCAAUUUAAUCAAUCCAAAUGACCUCCAAGAAAUGAUCAGAUUUUAUAUGUACUUGCAAGAUUUGUUAAGUUCCAAAAAUGAAACUUUGGAAAAAAAAAUGGUGAAAACAUUUCUCAGAAAAACAAUUGAAAAAAUGAAAGACAAUGAAAAAAGUGCAGAAAAAAAAUCCAUUGAUGAUAUCAUAAAGGACACAGAAGGACAUGCACAAAUGUUGGAAAAACUAGCAGAGCUCAUGAAAAUAAAGAAGGAAAAAUUACAAGACGAGGAGGUGAAAAAUAAGUUAAACCAAAUACUCAUUGGUAUGAUGAAGUUUAUCGACUACACAAACAAUAGCGAUAUUGCAAAGGCACUUAUGAACGAAAUAAAAAUUAAGGAAGUUAAAAGCGCCGAUGGUGCGUCCAAGCCUAAGUUACAAGUCAACAUCGGUGACAGCAAGGCCCACUUGGAGAUGCUCCAAAAGGCCACCAAUUUUAUGGGUAUGAACAUUGACCCCGAGGAGCUCAAAAACCUCACCAUCAAUAAUAAGUGGUACGAAAACUUCCUGAACAACCUCCUUAACAGCUCAGACGAGUUGUGA